AUGAAAUAUAUUAAGAGGAUGGAUAUUUUUGGUGUUCAUUACAAACAACAGAUUUUUGUGGAUGAAAAAGAAUAAAAGUCUGUUCUAAGUGGAAUUUGUUCAAUAAUGGUGUUAGCAGCAAGUUUUGCUUAUUUUGUUUAUGUAAUGAAUGAAUGGUGGAGCUCUAGAAUCUUACCAAAUUCAACUAAUUUAAUGAAAGUAUAGAAUUACUCUUAAAUUUCUUAUAAUGAUGAUCCCUUAUUUGAGUUUUGUUAUUGGAAGUAUAGUAAUGAAUAAGCAGAUCCAUUUAGAUUGUAGCGUAAUAUAUUAAUGCCUAUUGGAAUAUACUUUAUAGAUGGUAUUCCAUAAAAGCCCUUUUCAUUAUUGACUGAAAUACAAAUCAAUUCAACUUAUAAUACAAAUCUUUUAAGGGUGAAUAAUCUUUCCUUAAUUUAAAAUAGUGGUUUUGAUAGUUCUUUGAAUUCCACUAGAGAAUUAAUGAUAGCUAUUAUUCCAUGUAAUUCUACCCUUUUAAUAAAUGGUUAGGAAUGUGCUUCAGAUUAAGAGAUUGAAGCAUUCUUUACAAAAUCAGUAAAUUACAUCAGUUUUUGGUUGAAUCUAAAGUAGUAUGAUUCAUAUUCAUAACAGUUUGUAAUUGUAAAGAAACAAUACUAUUUAACUUUUGAUUAUCAAGUUUCACAUUAGGGUUAAUUAAUCCUAACAUAAACUUAUGCUAAUAUUGAUACUGGCAUAUUAUUUACUUAAUAUCAAUCAAAAUAAUAUAUAUACAAUGCUUAAUUAAUAACUAGUGCAACAAAUAAGAAAUUUUGGUCUACUUUACUAGGAGAGAAUUCAUUUCUUAAUUUAUUUAUAAGAUUAGAUCCAAUGUCUAUUGAUACUUAGAUUGUUUAUCCAAAAUUAGGAGAAAUAUUAGCUUAAGUAGGAUCAAUUGUAAGUAUGCUUAUGGCUAUUUAAUAUUUUCUAAGUUUUUAUAAUGAAUAAUUGUUGGAUUCUACUUUUAUUGAUAAAGUCUUAGAAUUCUACUUUCUUGAUUAUGCUGAAUUGAAAAAAUCUAAACAAAAAUCAGAUUAAUUAAUAUGUAAAGAUUUAAUAGAUCAAGCAAAAAAGAAAUUGGCUUAUACUAAUAUUAUAUAUGAGUUAUCAAGAAUCUAAUUAUUUUUAUUAAAUCAUUUUGGAAGAAAUUAAUUAUUUUAAACACAUUAAUAUACAUUAUGGGCAAAAGAAGAUUUAAAAUAAAGUAACUCUCGUUUUGCUUUAGAUAAUUUAAUUACUGCACCUAAAGCUAUAGUAAAUAAGGAUUAAAAUCAAUAACAUUUUGAAAAGGAAGAUUUCAAUUUGUUAUGUAGACGAAAAUUAAACAUUUUUUAAAAUAAUGAAGAUUUAGUUAGAGUUUAUUAAGAUGUUGGUAAUACAUCAUUAUAAUCUAUUUAAUUAUGA